GUGAUGACAAUUCAGAAGAAGGCCUUCACACCAUCCAUUCAGGAAGGCACGAAUAUGCAUUCAGCUUUGAGCUUCCACAGACACCACUUGCUACCUCAUUCGAAGGCAGACAUGGCAGUGUGCGCUAUUGGGUGAAAGCCGAAUUGCAUAGGCCUUGGUUUCUACCAGUAAAAUUAAAGAAGGAAUUUACAGUCUUUGAACAUAUAGAUAUCAACACUCCUUCAUUACUGUCACCUCAAGCAGGCACAAAAGAAAAGACUCUCUGUUGUUGGUUUUGUACCUCAGGCCCAAUAUCCUUAAGUGCCAAAAUUGAAAGGAAGGGCUACACCCCAGGUGAAUCAAUUCAGAUCUUUGCUGAGAUUGAGAACUGCUCUUCCCGUGCGGUGGUGCCAAAGGCAGCCAUUUACCAAACACAGGCAUUUUAUGCCAAAGGGAAAAUGAAGGAAGUCAAACAGCUUGUUGCCAACCUACGUGGGGAUUCCUUGUCAUCUGGCAAAACAGAAACCUGGAAUGGCAAACAGUUGAAAAUUCCACCUGUUUCCCCUUCCAUCCUUGACUGUAGUAUAAUCCGUGUGGAGUAUUCACUGAUGGUAUAUGUUGAUAUCCCGGGCGCCAUGGAUUUAUUCCUCAACUUACCACUGGUCAUUGGUACCAUUCCUCUACACUCAUUUGGUAGCAGAACAUCAAGUGUGAGCAGCCAGUGUAGCAUGAACAUGAAUUGGCUCGGUCUGACACUGCCUGAAAGACCAGAAGCACCUCCUAGCUAUGCAGAAGUGGUCACAGAGGAACAAAGACAGUCCAGCCUUGCACCCAUGGGUGCUUGUGAUGACUUUGAGAGAGCGCUUCCAGGACCAUUGUUUGCAUACAUCCAGGAGUUCCGUUUUCUGCCUCCACCCCUCUAUUCAGAAAUUGAUCCAAACCCAGAUCAGCCCACGGAUGACAGACCAUCUUGCCCCUCUCGUUGAAGGAAUCCAUGAAGAGCUGACUCGACUUGGGUUUUGAAUCGUACCUGACAUGUUGAAGGUCAAGGCGUCACAUAGUGGAGACACACUUUGAAAGGAAGUGGUUUUGCUCUUGCCUGUACGGUGAAUAAAUGAAAACAACCUGUGAUCAUGCUUUGAAGCCUACAGUUAAACAUUGUAGGACUGCUCCACAUGCUUGAAGACCUGAGCUUCCCCCCCUGCCCUUCCCCUUUAAAUACUGGCACAUAACUAGGAGCAGCCUUACUAACCUACGGUCAUGUGUGUCAAAACACUCAAAACCAUCUUGUAAGAGAGGGGAUGGCUUCCUCUUAUGAUUUGGGAAUUUUGCACAUGCUCAUUGCUUACGUUGUGCGGUUCAGUGUCACUACAGCUUUUUUUUUCUCAUUUAUGCCGGACUGUUAUUACCCCCUCCCUUCUUACUUGUUUGAGGUCCGCACAAUAAAGAGCAAAAGAAAGCUUUGACAAAAAAAAAAAAA